CCUCACUCAGCGAGCGCGCGGGAGCGAGCGUCAGUAUCCAAGGGCAGACCGCGGGAACGCGAGCAUCAGGUCAUCUGGACGUCCGUCCGUCGACCGACAUUCACCGGACAGAGUCACACGAAUUAACGGUGAGACAAACAAUGAAGAAACGAGUGACUGUGUCCAACGGACAGAUAACCGUGAAGAGACGGUGAAUCAACAGGACGAGACGAUGAGCGACUUCACCGACAAACUGUGACUGACAAGUGCGUGUGAUGUUCCGGUGUGAGGCUGUGAACGACCGUUACAACAGUUCUAAAAGGGACACAAACGACCUUUAACCCGCGACAGACCUGAGUCACCCACCGGUACCAGACGGAUCAAUCACCGUCAACAAGAGACUGAAGGACACGGCUCUGUGACGGAAUCCACAGCUGCUCGGCUUUAAAAAUCGGACGAAACCAUGGAGCUGCGUGGUGUGCUGCUCCUCACUGUGCUGCAGUGCUGUUCAGUGGCCCUUGGUGGCUGCGAGCCACGGCUGGUGAACAUCGGCGCCGUCCUGAGUCAGAAACGUUACGAGCAGGUGUUCAAGGAGGCGGUGAGCCAGGCCAACACUCUGUACGGGAAGGACAAGUUCAAGAUGAACGCCAUUUCUGUCACACACAAGCCCAACGCCAUCCAGAUGGCCCUGUCUGUGUGUGAAGACCUCAUUUCCAACCAGGUCUACGCAAUCCUGGUUAGUCACCCCCCUCAGUCCAACGACCACCUGACUCCGACGCCUGUCUCCUACACUGCCGGUUUCUACCGAAUCCCUGUGGUCGGCCUGACGACACGUAUGUCCAUCUACUCUGACAAGAGCAUCCACCUCUCCUUCCUGAGGACUGUGCCUCCAUACUCUCACCAGGCAAAUGUCUGGUUUGACCUGAUGAGGGAGUUCAGGUGGAACCACAUCAUUCUUAUUGUGAGCGACGACCAUGAGGGCCGAGCUGCCCAGAAGAGACUGGAGACACUGCUUGAAGAGAGAGAGACCAAGACUAAAAUCAGGAACUAUGAAAACAUCGACCAACAGAACUUUGACUUCAGGAGAACACCCAAGGCAGAGAAGGUGCUGCUAUUCAGCCAGGACACCAACCUGACAUCACUGCUGCUGGAGGCCAAAGAUCUGGAGGCUCGAGUCAUUAUCCUCUCUGCCAGUGAGGAUGAAGCUGCAGCAAUGUAUAAAGCGGCCCGUCACCUCAACAUGACUGGCUCUGGUUACGUGUGGCUGGUUGGAGAGAGAGAGAUGAACGGUAAAGCUCUGAGUGAAGCUCCAGAUGGGCUGCUCGGCCUCCAGCUGAUUAACGGUAAGAACGAGUCGGCUCACAUUGCGGAUGCUGUAGCGGUGGUGGCUCAGUCUCUGCAGGAGCUGUUUGAGAAGGAGAACAUCACAGAGCCUCCACGGGGCUGUGUGGGAAAUACCAAUAUCUGGAAGACUGGACCACUCUUUAAACGGGUGCUGAUGUCAUUAAAGUACCCCGACGGUCUGACUGGGCGGAUCGAGUUUAACGACGAUGGUGACCGACGUUUUGCUACCUACAGCAUCCUGAACUACCAACAAAAACCAGGUCGCCUUGUCCAGGUUGGAGUAUUCAACGGAUCACAGGUUGUGAUGAACCCUCAAAGGAAGAUCAUCUGGCCUGGAGGAGAGACAGAGAAACCAGUUGGAUACCAGAUGUCGACUAAACUGAAGAUUGUGACGAUCCAUCAGGAACCAUUUGUAUACGUAAAGCCAACAAGGAAUGAUGGGACAUGUAAGGAGGAGUACACGGUUAAUGGAGUCCUAAUCAAGAAGGUGAUCUGUACUGGACCCAAUGGUACCAUACCAGGUCAGCCCAUCGUUCCUCAGUGUUGCUAUGGUUUCUGCAUUGACCUGCUCAUCAAGCUGGCGAUGAGCAUGAACUUCACCUAUGAGGUUCACCUGGUGGCUGAUGGGAAAUUUGGCACGCAGGAGCGAGUCAACAACAGUAACAAGAAGGAGUGGAACGGGAUGAUGGGGGAGCUGCUGGGAGGUCUCGCUGACAUGAUCGUCGCCCCCCUCACCAUCAACAACGAGCGUGCUCAGUACAUCGAGUUUUCCAAACCCUUUAAAUACCAGGGGCUCACCAUCCUCGUCAAGAAGGAAAUCCCUCGCAGCACUCUUGAUUCAUUUAUGCAGCCAUUCCAGAGCACACUGUGGCUGUUAGUCGGUCUGUCGGUCCAUGUGGUGGCAGUGAUGCUUUACCUAUUAGACCGGUUCAGCCCGUUUGGAAGGUUUAAAGUGAACAGUGAAGAAGAAGAAGAAGAUGCCCUCACCCUGUCCUCCGCCAUGUGGUUCUCGUGGGGAGUACUGCUGAACUCUGGGAUAGGAGAAGGAGCACCCAGGAGUUUCUCAGCAAGGAUUCUGGGUAUGGUGUGGGCAGGAUUUGCCAUGAUCAUCGUAGCAUCAUAUACUGCCAACCUGGCAGCCUUCCUGGUGCUGGACCGGCCUGAGGAGCGCAUCACUGGCAUCAAUGACCCCAGGCUGCGUAACCCAUCAGAUAAGUUCAUAUACGCCACAGUGAAGCAGAGCUCGGUGGAUAUCUACUUCAGACGACAGGUGGAGCUGAGCACCAUGUACCGGCACAUGGAGAAACACAACUAUGAGAGCGCUGCUGAGGCCAUCCAAGCUGUCAGAGACAAUAAGCUUCAUGCCUUCAUCUGGGACAGCGCUGUGCUGGAGUUUGAAGCAUCACAGAAGUGUGAUCUAGUUACAACAGGAGAGCUUUUCUUCCGCUCUGGCUUUGGAAUUGGAAUGAGGAAAGAUAGUCCGUGGAAACAGAAUGUUUCUCUGGCCAUUCUCAGUUCUCAUGAGAAUGGCUUCAUGGAGGAUUUGGACAAGACGUGGGUCCGAUACCAGGAGUGUGACUCCAGGAGCAAUGCCCCUGCUACACUUACCUUCGAGAACAUGGCAGGUGUGUUUAUGUUGGUUGCUGGUGGCAUCGUUGCCGGGAUCUUCCUUAUCUUCAUUGAGAUCGCCUACAAACGACACAAAGAUGCUCGAAGGAAACAGAUGCAGCUCGCCUUCGCUGCUGUGAACGUGUGGAGGAAGAACCUGCAGGAUAGAAAAAGUGGUAGAGCAGAGCCCGAGCCAAAACUGAAAACCUCUUUUAGGUCCAUCACUUCGACCUCCGACCUCAAACGCCGUAGGGCCUCCGGGGACACCACGCCGUACCCGACUGACAUCACUGGCCAGCUCAACCUAUCAGAUCCCUCCGUCAGCACUGUGGUCUGAGAGAGAGAGAGAGAGAGAGAGCAAGCUUCACUGCUGCUGCUGAGCCACACACACACACACACACACACACACACACACAUUAUAUAAACACACAGAUGGACAGAUACAGCAUCCUCUGAGACAGGAAGGAGAUGGUGGUGUUUGGAAGGCAUCUGACACACACACGCACGCACGCACGCACACACACACACACAAACACACACACACCAUCUGUGAUCCCACUUCACCAACACCAAACACACACUCGCCUUGCCCCGCCUGUAGCUGUAAGCUUCCUCCAAAAACAAGUGUUUUAUUUUGAAAGAAACUGUCUUAGACUGCUUUUAUUUUGGUACGUGUCUGUGAUGUUAUACAGAUAGCACUGUCGCACUGAGUGACUGCACUGAAUUAUCAAACCAGAACUGUCAUUUAAUAAUUGAUGGCCUGACGGUCGGAAACAUCCUUGUUGAUUGGAAACCUAUCAAAAUGGAACCUGUCAAUUGGGAAAUGAUCAAUCAGGAACUCAAUUAGGACCUGAUAAUUGGGAAUUGAUUCACAUUUGUCAGGUCCUAAUUCAGCUGUAGACCUGAUGAUCAGGAACUACUCUGUUGUUUGGGAACCCAUCAAUAACGAACCUGUGUUAGUAACCUGUUAAUCAGGAAUCCUGUGACCGGUAAUCUGAUGACAUGGACACAUGUGGAUAUUGUCAAUCAGGACACUGUUAUUUAAGAAACCUCUCACUGAUUAAAGUGUGGUAGGCAGUUCAAGCCUCUGUGACAGGAAGCUUUUCUAUUCCAUGGAGCCACAGAUAUCAAACAAAACACACCAUUCACGCAACAAGCCUCUGUUGGUCAUACUGGCAAAUACACAAACACAAACAGACAAUCAGACACACAGAGCCACUAAAAACAAUACUUGUGGGCUGAGGUAAUAAUGGACCAUUAAUGCUAAAGUUAUUCAAGCACGUAUGUAUAUAUAUACAUGAAUAUAGAUACUGCAUAUAAUAUUUACAUUAUCCUAAACUUUAAAAUGAUAUUUCCCAGAGGACUGUUUGACUUAAAAUCUUACAUUUAUAGAUCAUUCAGAAUAAGUCUAAAAUGUAUCAUGUAUCUGCCAACAAAAAACAACCUAACAUUGGUUAAUACAGUGGAGUAAUUUAACUGUUUUCAGUGUUACUUCCUGACCCAGAGGCUGGACACCCCCUUUACUCACAGAGCAUGCUGGGAAAUGUAGUCACUACUCUACUACCACUGUGUCCCUGCUGAUGAUGUCAGUCUCUGUCUACCUCCACAACACUGCCAAUAACAGAAACUGAUGUCCUGUGAAAACCUCCCAGCUCCUCACAGGCCUGCACACACAGGCCCGCAGAAGUUGGAAGGUUUUUACGCUGCAGAAUGAAAUCUUUUUAAUGAACCCUGUCAAUAAAGUUGAAAAACAAAAAAACUAUAGACAUUUGAAUGGAGAUAAUCAAAGAGCUGAGAGCUGCAUUGAGAACAAGAAAAACACAGAGUGACUGAGGAAUUUUCAUUUUUACAUCCAACAAAUUUAUAUUGACAUCUUUUGUACAGCAGCAACAAUACAUUACUUCAAGGCACAUAAUGUUGAGACCUAACAGUAGUCUUCAUCUUUAAAGGGUAUCAUAGAAUUUAAUGAACAAACUGAACAAUAAACAAAAAUGACAUCAAAUAAUUAAAAUAGUAACAUGAAUGUAACGUGAAGAUAUAAAUAGCAUAAAACUUGCUGCAACUUAAGUUGAAGACAUAAAAUGAAAGGAACAAGUUUGUUAUUAUUAAUCAAUUUAUUUACAGAUAUGAAAGAAAAUGUAAUUAAAAUGGCUGUAGCUCCAAUAGCAGAUGUAGCUAUCAAGCUAAACAACCAAAGUUCUGAGAGAAUCAGGCUAACGCUGAUCUUCAAGCAGAAAAUAACUGAAGUUAUCCGUUAUUCAAUCAGUACAACUGAAUUGCCUGAAGCUAAUCCACCAGCUAAUGCUAUUUUUGUUUUUUGUUUAAUUUAUUAAUCAAUUAUAGAAAUUACAUGAUAAGGCAAGUGAAAGCUAGUUUGGCUGAUUUCGUAUAAGCCAAUGACAGUGAACCAGUAAAGGCCCAUUUAUAUUCCCAUUACGUCCAUUUUACGUCCGUCUGUUCAAACGUUAUCUCUGUCACAACCCUACAUACCUCUGUGAGUCUUUGCUUUGGUAUGGACAUUUACGCAAUACUUCCUCUAGAGGGCAGUGCCGAGUACCAAGUUGCAGGCAUCAACAAACAUGGUGACCAUUGAAGAGGUUAUUUUAUUGUGCUUCCCUGCUAAGUGCACAAUGACGGACUAAAUGAAUACAAAGUACAACUUUUCCAUAGAUAGGCCGUU